CAAAGAAAAGGACACACAAACCCAAAUAUUCUCAUUCUCAAAGUGCUUCUUCGGUUGUUUCUGUUAUUGAAGUUCCAUGACGGCUCGCACUGCCUGCACGUGCCACAUGGUUUUCUCCGUCGAACGGGUUACUCCGACCGUCGUGUCUGUGUUCUCUGGCAUUGACAACACUAAACUGUUGGCUUUCCGCUUCCAAUUUCGAAGGAACACACACCUUCUCACUGCUCAACUUUCCAAUUCUUUCUCCAAUUUCGGAUUUCAUUCUCACUCCCAGUGUUUGAAUUCCGUUCAAUCGCAUGUUCCUUCGCGGUUGCCUUGGAUGGGUCCAUUUCCUGGUGAUAUUGCUGAAGUGGAGGCAUAUUGUAGGAUCUUUAGGAAUUCUGAAAGGCUUCAUUCUGCUUUAAUGGAUGCCUUGUGUAACCCGAUCACUGGCGAAUGUAGUGUUUCCUAUGAGGUUCCGUCUGACGAGAAACGGCUUCUAGAGGAUAAAAUAGUAUCUGUCCUUGGAUGCAUUGUGGCCCUUGUGAAUAGUGGGAGGCGGGAUCUUCUUUCUGGAAGAUCAUCCAUUGUGACUCCCUUUCGUGCUGCAGAGGUUGGUGCGAUGGAGGAUACACUUCCCCCACUUGCCCUUUUCAGGAGCGAGAUGAAGAAGUGUUGUGAGAGCUUGCAUGUUGCUCUUGAGAACUAUUUAGUUCCUGGUGAUGAUCGGAACUUGGAUGUGUGGAGGAAACUUCAGAGACUGAAGAAUCUGUGCUAUGAUUCUGGCUUUCCUCGUGGGGAGGAAUGUCCAUGUCCUUUGCUGUUUGCGAAUUGGAGUCCUGUGUGUUUAAACACUCCCAUAGAGGACAUGGAAUCCAAAGAAUCUGAAGCAGCUUUUUGGACAGGUGGGCAGGUAACGGAAGAAGGUCUAAAGUGGUUACUUGAUAAAGGAUAUAAGACCAUCAUAGACCUCAGAGAAGAAGAUGUAAAAGAUAGCUUCUAUCAAGCAGCUGUGUAUGAUGCUAUUUCAUCUGGAAGUAUUGAGUUGGUCAGGAUCCCUGUUAAAGAUGGGACUGCACCUACCAUGGAACAGGUUGAGAGGUUUGCAUCUUAUGUUUCAGAUUGCAGUAAAAGACCAAUUUAUCUUCAUAGCAAGGAAGGAAUUUGGAGAACAUCUGCCAUGGUCUCUAGAUGGAGGCAGUACAUUACUCGUACUACAUCACAGCUUGUUUCUAAUCAAGCAGUUAUUUCCAAUGUCGUGUUAUCAGAUUACACAAAUGGAUCUGGAAAAAUGGAGGACUCAAUGAUUGCCAAGGGGUCCUUCCAGGAAAAGGAUACCAAUUUGCUACGAGAGGGUGCAACACAUGGUUCUUCUGCCUCAUUUGACUCACGUAACUCUUUGAAGACGAAUGAUGAAAAAACAAAAAGCAAUGGGGGCAUAAGUCAACUUAAUCCUGAUAGUAGGGCCUCAUCACAAGCCACUGGUGCUUCUGGGGAAGGAUCUUUUCCAAGUUUCUCCGGUAAAACUAACCCUUUGGAAGCUCAAAUUCCUCCUUUUGAUAUCUUUUCCAAAAAGGAUAUGUCCACAUUUUUGGGAAGUAGGAAAAUGUCAAAACCCUCUUAUUUCAGUUAUCAGGUUAAAAGGGUGGAAUGUCUGCCAGACUCAAGGAGCUCUGAACCUAAAAUUGUGGGCCGAGUGAAAAGUUCCAAUGGGUCAGCUCGGUCACAUCACACAGUUGGUAGCGGUUGGAAAUUAGAGAGUAUGAAUAAUUCCCGUUCUGCUAGGACAACAUUUAAUGGGUAUAGUGAGGGGGAAAGGAACUACAGGGCUGAUGCCAAUAUCUCUACCGCUGUGAACAGUGAUAUUGAUAAUGUGAAUACUAACUCCCGAAGGACAGGAGAUGAUAAAGAUAAGGCUAGGUUAGCCUUACGAGAUCAAGACUUGGGGCUUAUUGAAGGAGACAUGUGUGCAUCAUCAACUGGGGUGGUAAGGGUGCAGUCAAGGAAGAAAGCAGAGAUGUUCUUAGUACGAACAGAUGGAUUUUCUUGUGCAAGAGAGAGGGUGAGUGAAUCCUCUUUAGCCUUUACUCAUCCCAGCACCCAGCAACAGAUGCUAUUGUGGAAAUCUACGCCAAAGACUGUUUUACUGUUGAAAAAGCCAGGAGAGCAUCUCAUGGAAGAAGCUAGACAGGUUGCUUCUUUUCUGUAUUACCAAGAGAAAAUGAAUGUACUUGUGGAACCAGAUGUGCAUGAUAUAUUUGCAAGCAUUCCUGGGUUUGGAUUUGUCCAGACCUUCUAUAGUCAAGAUACUUGUGAUCUACACGAGAAAGUGGAUUUUGUAGCUUGUUUGGGGGGAGAUGGUGUUAUACUGCAUGCUUCGAAUCUGUUCAGAGGUGCUGUACCCCCUGUUGUGUCAUUUAACCUUGGUUCUCUUGGUUUCCUGACUUCUCAUAAUUUUGAAGACUACAAGCAGGACUUACAACAAAUUAUCCAUGGUAAUUGUGCACAAGAUGGAGUGUACAUCACUCUCAGAAUGCGUCUCCGAUGUGAAAUUUUUCGUAAGGGUAAAGCUGCACCAGGGAAAGUAUUUGAUAUUCUCAAUGAGGUUGUUGUUGAUCGGGGUUCUAAUCCAUACCUGUCAAAGAUUGAAUGUUAUGAACAUGGUAGACUUAUAACCAAGGUACAAGCUGAUGGAGUCAUUGUGGCCACCCCUACUGGAAGCACUGCCUAUUCUACAGCUGCUGGAGGUUCCAUGGUCCAUCCAAAUGUUCCUUGCAUGCUGUUUACCCCAAUCUGUCCACAUUCGCUCUCAUUUAGACCAGUCAUACUUCCAGACUCUGCACAACUUGAAUUGAAGAUUCCACAGGAUGCAAGAAGCAAUGCCUGGGUUUCAUUUGAUGGAAAGAGAAGGCAGCAACUUUCAAGAGGAGAUUCAGUACGAAUAUCUAUGAGUCAGUAUCCACUUCCAACAGUUAACAAGUUUGAUCAAACAGGAGAUUGGUUUCAUAGCUUAAUUCGCUGCCUAAAUUGGAAUGAAAGGCUUGAUCAAAAGGCUCUGUAAAGCAUAUGAAAGUGAAGAGCGAAGAUGCUUUCUUCACCUGUACAGAUUAUACGUUAGGAUUACACAACUUUACUAGAGUGCUAGUUACUGCAUUAUUUUAACAUUGGCUUCUCAUGCAUACUAUUGUCGCAAGAUGAUAUGUAUUGACAUUUAAAGCUGUAAAUUGAUCUCAGAAGCAGUUCACUGUUGCGUUUCGAAGUUCACCAUUGGGCUUCUUUUUUCUCAUUA